AUGGACAAAAGUGCGAGUCAGCCUGUUGCUGGAUCUGUAUUGGAUUCUGUUGUUCGAAAUUUGACUAGAGCCGCAUAUGGACAGGAGAUUAGAAAUGUGCCUGACGAGAAUAUGGAACAAUAUAUUGCUGAUUUGAUUAUGAAAGAGGCAAAUAAGAAGCACGAGCAGUAUGAAACUUUUGGUACAAGUGCUCUUCUUUCUAGAGAUCGUUUGUUGGUUACAAACAAGCGUUUUUUGGCAAAUAUCAUUCGUGGUACAGACGCACAUAAUGAAAACCUCGCUCAUCAAGAACAACGGGAUGCUGCUAAAAGGUUAGCCAGACUGGAUUCUGGAGAUGUAUCCGAGCCAGUUUCACAAACUACCAAACUGCAUGGUUCACGUUCUUCAUUGUCACCAUCUAAACCUAUUCAAAAAAAGUUGCUUACAAACCAAUCCUAUAGCAACGAUGACUGCAACUCUAUCUCCACCGAGUCUCGUCAAGAAACAGUAAAAGAGUGUCGCAAGAUUCGAGGUCGAGGCGCAACUGGACCACGCAGUCUAGAUCGAUUCUUUCAAGAUAAAUACUUGCCUGGUCUUGAUAUCAACAACUUUGACGACGAAUCGUUAGAUGUGUAUGUGGAUAAUCUUGAAAAACUCAAACAAGCCACACCGAGAAAAAGGUGUAUUAGUCAGGACUCUGAUAGCUUAGAUAGCACACUUGAUCAUUGCACUGUAAAUACAGAGCGUGACGAGAUGACCAGUACAAACUCUCAUAAUGACUCUCGCAAACGAAAGCAUAAAUCCAAGACCCGAAAGGUUAAAAAACAGUCAAAGAAAUCCAAACAUUCCAAACAUUCCGACUCGGAAGACAAUCAAUCCACUAGAACAAAAAAGUCUAAAAAAUCCAAAGAGCGCCAGAAUGCCAGCAGUCCCAACGCUCGAUUGGGUCAAGUGAUGGACAAAUCGUCGCAUUCUACUCCAGUCUUGCCCGCUACGUGUCCUUGGUGA